AUGGCGAAAGAAACUUGGGAGCUCUUCAAAGUGACGUACGUGGGAGUGACCCAUCUCACGAAAUCUAGACUUCAAGGUCUCAGGCGAGAAUUUGAGAUGCUUCAAAUUGGGGAUGAUGAAACUGUGACAGACUUUGCCGGAAAACUAUCACGAGUUGUCGCUCAAAUCAAAAAUUUGGGUGAAAAGCUAGAGGAAGGUGCUGUUGUUGCGAAGCUUCUUCAAGCAACACCAAGAAGAUUUGAUCCAAUUAUGGUGUCUCUUGAGCAAUUUGGCGACAUCGACUCCCUGCCAUUUGAAGAAACAAUGGGAUCUCUUAAGAUCUACAAAGAGAAGCUCAAGUCUCAUCAGUAG